AUUCAAAUUUUCACCGUUUUCUCGUUCGGACGUGCCCGGAUCGAGCGGAUUCACGCGAUUUUCAGAGCAUGCGACUGUGCUAACGGUAAAGAAAAUUGGGAAAAUUGUGAAACUUCCUUGGUGCGCGUCUGUGUGUGCUGGCUGCUUUCGUGUUGUUGUAGUGCGAAUGCAACAAAUAACAACAAGAAUAUUAAAAAUAGCAAAUAACAAUGCUCAAAUAACUUAGUUUAAAAACGGAGUGAAAGCAAGUAAAAUUACAAGUAAUUUUUCAACUUAACUAAAUAAUUAACAACAAAGAGCAGAAAACGCAAUAAUUGGUGGCUUAAAAGGAACUGCCAUUAAAAAACGCAAAACUUUUAACGACUUUCCUUUUGAGACCCAAAUCCCAGCCAGAGAAAAUAAAACAAGUAAACAUAUAAAAAUACAACAUAGAGAAAGUGGGGCCAUAAGCCCACGAUUUCGGCAAAGGAUAACUUUUGCCGCGUCUCGCGUUUCUUAUUAGAAAAUCCUUUUCGCGCUCAGCUUCCUGACCAACAGAAAAAGUUCUACAUUUUGCACGUCCUAGAGGUUUUAAUGUUUCUUGCUGCUGCUGGGCUACAAACAAAGUAAAAGUUACAGAGAAAGUAUUGUGCAACGUGUGGCAAGUGCGACAAGCUAAACAAAAAAAAAACGAGUGCAACGCAAGUUUAAUUCGAUUUUAGUGUGUAACAAUCAGUGAGAAAAAACCUUAGGAGCAUCCAGAGGAUAAGACUUACGUGCAGGUGCCUUUUGCGUGAGCAUUUUGUGUGGAAAGAGCAGGAACAUUUCUAAAGUGGAUUAGCAGACACCACUCUUCCACACUGUUUUUGGAUUUUUUAUUGGAUGAGCGUGUCAAAUCCUUCAACUCCUGCUUGCCCAUGAAAUCAUGAUUACGAGAAAAUGCAGAUAAAAAUGUUGACGAUUAUUCACUGGCAGUCUCAGCAAAUUUGGGCAGCAUUAUUUGUGACCACUCUCUGCUUAUUGGACAUACGAGCCGCCUGGGCGAAGAAACUGAAUGCGAGUCAAGCAUUCGACGACACAUGGAACACAGCAUCUGACUUAGAAAAUGAACUGGAACAACAAAAGCGUGCGAAAGGUCAGAGUGCAGCAGGAAGCGGAGGCAGUGGAGCUGGCCAGUGGUCGUCCUGGUCGGAUUGGUCGACCUGUUCGCGCACCUGCGACGGUGGCAUCAUGCAACAGAUGCGUAGGUGCGGCAACGGCAACACAGGCAGUUGCCGCGGCGAGAGCGCCCGCUAUCGCAUCUGCAACAUGCAGCCGUGUCCGGAGCAGCAGGAUUUCCGCUCCAGCCAAUGUGCCGCCUACAACGAUGUCCCCUACGACGGCACCCUGUACAAGUGGACUCCGCAUUACGAUUACGUCGAACCCUGCGCGCUCACAUGCAGGGGACAUCCGGCGCAUCUCGUCGAAGACAUUUCCCGUGAGACAGGAGGCGGGAAUGCCGAGGAGGCGGAGCACUACGAUGAGCAGAGCGUCAUCGUGCAACUGUCGGCAAGGGUCCAAGAUGGAACCCGCUGUCGCUCCGGCAGCCUGGAUAUGUGCAUCCAAGGAAAAUGUCAGCGCGUUGGCUGCGAUUUAAAAAUCGGCUCGACAAAGAAAAUCGACGGUUGCGGAGUGUGCGGCGGCGAUGGCAAUUCUUGCUCCCAACCACUUUAUUACUGGGAGAUGGCACCGAUGUCGCAGUGCUCCGUCACCUGCGGCGGUGGUUACAAAAUGGCUCGUCCUUUAUGCAGGAAUCGUCUAACCAACGCCGAUGUCGAUGAUACGCUCUGCAGCCUUACUAAUCGCCCGGAGGCGUCGGUGGAGCAAUGUAAUACACACAGCUGUCCUCCGCGCUGGAUAACCGACGAUUGGAGCACUUGCAGCCGGCUAUGUGGCCACGGCUACCGUGAACGGAUGGUUGUCUGUGCCGAGGAAUCGAACGCCAUCAAAACGAGGGUUGCCGAUAUCAUGUGCCGCACACCCAAGCCGGCAACACAAGAGACCUGCAUUAUAGAGGAGUGUCCGCAUUGGGAGGUCGAGGAUUGGACCGGCUGCUCGGUUUCCUGCGGACAGGGAAUACAAAUGCGAGGCGUCGAGUGUAAGUCGACAGACGGCAGCCUGAGUGCCAAAUGUGAUCCACUCACCAAACCGGGCAGCAUGCAGCAGUGCUCCACUGGCAUCCACUGCGGCGGAGGCGGUGGGUCAGCGAACAAAGGUGUUGGCACCAUCAUCGUGGGCAGCAGCCGGUCGCUGAACGAGCGGUCGGAGCGACAGAUGGACAGCUCGGAUGCGGAUGACGACGACGAUGACGAGGACGUGGAUGAUGAGGCCGAAGAUAUCGAUGACCUGGAAUCAGGCCAGGAUACCGAUGACGGCGAGGGCUUGUCCUAUGCCGACCAACCCUUGCGCUAUGCCCAUCGCACGCAAAGUCGGCUGCAGCAGGAAGCCCCAGAUGAGCCGCGCACCAUGCGGCUGAUGAACGGAAAUUCGAAUAAUAAUUAUAACCGAGGAAAUGGCGGAUCAGAUGUUCCCUCAAUGGAUCCCACCUUCAUCAAGGAUACUGACUGGUCACCAUGCAGCGUGACCUGCGGCGAAGGCGUCCGUCGACGCUCCUACAACUGCAAGAUAUUCCUGGAGUACUCUCGAACGGUGGCCACCGUGAAUGAUUCACUGUGCGAGGGGAAAAAGCCACAUGACGAGGUGGAGCGAUGUGUGGAGGAUCCGUGCAUGCUGCCCUCGCACGGCUUCGACGACCAGUAUCCCCGGGACUCCAUCAAAGUGGGAGUCUCGGAGCCAGGGAAGACGUACGUCUGGCGGGAACAGGGCUACACUUCCUGCAGUGCCUCUUGCUUGGGAGGUGUGGAGGAGCUGAUCAUCAACUGCGUGCGGGAGGAUAAUGGUCGGGUAGUCUCGCCCUUCCUCUGCGCCCCGGAGACCAAGCCGGAGGCGAGGGUUCGCACCUGCAACGACCGUCCCUGCCCGCCCAGGUGGAACUAUUCGGACUACACGCCUUGCUCCAAGAGCUGCGGCAUUGGCAUCAAGACGCGCGAGGUGCAGUGCAUCCACGAGGUAACCCGUGGAGGGGACAACACAAUGGUGGUGCCGAACAGCAUGUGCCCACAGCCGCCGCCCGCAGAUCGCCAGUACUGCAACGUGCUCGAUUGCCCCGUUCGGUGGGAGGUGGGUGAGUGGGCCAAGUGCUCCCACACCUGCGGCUACGGGUUCAAGGAUCGCAAGGUCGAGUGCAAGCAGAUAAUGGCCCAGGAGCACAAGAUCGAGCGACCCGAGUCGAUGUGUCCGAGUGCCAAGCCGGCGGACAAGAAACCCUGCAACGUUAAGCCCUGUCCGCCAGAGGAUCCUAAGCCGGUCAUCCAGAUAAACAACUCGACCCACAUCCAGCACGACCCCAAGAAAACCAAGAUCACGCUCAAAGUGGGCGGUGCGGGGGUGGUUUUCUUCGGCACUCAGGUUAAGAUCAAGUGCCCCGUGAAGCGGUACAAUCGCACCAAAAUCAAGUGGAGUAAGGACCACAAGCCGCUGCAGCGUUCGCGCAAGUUCAAAGUGUCGAAGAAGGGUGCCCUGCGUAUACUUGAUAUCACGUUUCGAGAUGCCGGAGUCUACUCCUGUCACGCCGGACUCAGCUCCGCGGAAAUAAGCAUCGAGGUGAAGGCCAAGCCAGGCCAGCAGGCCGAGGAGCUUGAGCGCCAGGAGGCAGAUCGCUUGGUGCGUGAGCGAAGCGGCACGGAGGCUCUUACCUCUGCGGACAUGACGUCAUCGGGUGCAGCAGGCUCUUCCGGUGGACCUGGAACUGAUGGACCCGCUAAUGGGUCUACGCAGCAGCAGGGCACACGUCGCAGACAGCAGCAGUCGGAGCGCUUGCAGAACGGCAGGGAGCGGAACCGGAGACCCAAGUCGGACGGAGUUCAGCAUGCAGAUAGCAGCAUUAUGGAGGACGAUCAUUCGCAAUUAGUGCAAUCCCAGGACAGGGUUCCACAGCCGGCGAGCGCCAGCAGCGGGAGUAGUCGCACCAGGACUCUGCUGGCCAUGCCAUAUUUCCAGGCUCUGCUCAGCAAUCUCCAGUUGCUAUGGCCGCUGCAGCGUUUCAAGGACUCGCGCGGCCAGCACAUACUGCAAGGCGAGGCGCUCAAGUACGGCCUCGAUUUGGAAGGCCCCCACUUUGAGCAGGACGAGCCGGUGCGUGUGCUGACCAAGGAGCUGCACACCGAGGCAGGACUCAUGCGCACCGAUUCCCGCCCAGAGUCAGAGGGACGGGCUGAGGCCGAGGUGGAAGACAUCAUGCCCCACAUGCCGCACGCUCGAUGGGAAACUGCAGCGGCCACCACGACGACGGCGGUGCCGAGCCUCGAAAGCGGUGGCUUCGUCUACAAAUGGCUGCUGGGCGAGUGGUCCAAAUGCUCGCAGGAAUGUGGAGCAGCUGGCAGCGGCUUGCAGCGUCGCACGGUGGACUGCCAGCGAGAGCCAGAUGCCAGGAGCGCCGGCAGCAGCAUUGGCGACACCGAAAACCAGGUCGUGGAUAAUUCAGAGUGCACCGCCCACGGCCUGGAGCUGCCCGACUCGUUCCAGAGCUGCGGCAACGAGGCCUGUCCGCAGUGGAGCAAGGGCGAAUGGUCGCCGUGCCAACGGUCCCGCUGCCACGGCAGGAAUACAGCCGUGCAGCGCCGCGAGGUGACUUGCCGCUACGACAACGGCACACUGGGAAGUGCGUGCGACGAGUACGAGCGUCCGUCGAUGCGGCAGGACUGCUACAACGAACGCUGCAAGGGUGUUUGGCGCGUGGAGUCCUGGUCCGAGUGCAAUGCGCCGUGCGGCCGUCAGGGCAUCAAGUACCGCAUCCUGCAGUGCGUUUGGUACGGCAGUCGUCGGCCAGCGGGCAACGUGUGCAAGCACCAGCCCCGCCCAGCGGUUAUGAAGGUCUGCAAAAGUCCGCCCUGCCAGGCCAAGUCGUCUUCCUCGGCCUCGCUGCACUGUCGCGAUUCCUCGCGCUAUUGCCGCAACGCUCGUGCCAUGGGCCUGUGUCGACUGCAUCGCUACAAGGAGAAGUGCUGCGGAUCCUGCCAGCAGCCUCAGCAGCAGCCCAACCAAUAUAUAUUCCAUUAGCUCCGCUGCGGCCCUACCAAAUGAGCUAGAAAUUUACGAAUUCUGCAAGCAAUUACUCUAAGUACCGUAAAUCUAACGAACUAUAGAAAGAUAACAUAUAAAGUUAAACUUAUCCUUAUGUAUGUAUUGCCAGCCACACCCGCACUAACGUGAAUUCGCUUUGAUUUUGUAUGGAGUCGAGGGAAUACACUAGUUAAAUAUAUUUGUUGGAUUUAACAAAAUUGAAGGGGAUUCAUUUAAGUUGCAAAUGUAGUAAAACUGUAAGUGUACUAGACCAAACAGCCUAAAAAGAGACAUGAAUAAGUUUAGCUACAACGUUGGGGAUCCGUACUAAAUACUUUUGUUGUUUUUAUAAUAUAGGCACCGAAUUAUUCAGCCCAAGAAUGUCGCUCACAAAUGCUUUCGUGCACUCAUAUAAAAAAGACAAUCCAACAAUUAUCACAACACCAUUUUAUCGCUGAAGAAAAGCCUUGAAAAAGAUUUAAAUUGUAUACACCAAAAAUAUGGCAACAAGAUCUACCCGCCAUCUCUUAAGCAACAUAUGACACCAUUCUUGACAUUACCUCGAACUCAAAUCCUAUUUUGUAUUAUGUUUUUAGCACUUUAGCUAAAUUUGUAAACACUACUUCUAAACAAGUAAACAGAUUUCUAUGUAAGCCUGAAAAAUGUCAUGUGGAAGUCCUUGUUAGAACUGCAUGCAGUUUUACAUAUUUUAAACUUUUACAACUUAAAUGAAAAUCCUAAGUAUAAUUUAUAACCAUUUUCCGAAACCAUAAAGUGUGAAUAAAAUGACUUUUGGAUCAAGAAAAUAAGAAUAUUAAGAUCUGUCUAAGGCAUGAUCUCUUUGCCCAAUUAACUGACAAACAACAAAACCAAAUGGAUUUGGUCGUGUAAACAUUUCAAUGGCAAAAGCUUUGCUUUAAGCAAACAAAACCUUUAUACAUUAUUGACCCUGAAGUACUACAAAAUUCAGCAGCAUGCGUUAAACUGGUGACUAGUUUAAAUUUGCACUAUGCUUCAAAAUAUUUACGUUUAAUGCUUGUCAAAUAAUACAGAGUCAAAAAGUUUGCACUACAAGAAAAAUGAAAGUUUAGGGUAAAUUAACCUAGCCAAUUAUGGAAGUAAGGGUGUGGGAGUGUAAUCACUAAGUAUGAUUUUGAUUUAUUGCUGACUCAAAGGGCCUCCCAGCAGAUGAAAUGUUUUAGCAAAUAUCUCCGACUAGCAUUAAUCUUAAAUCUAUCAACUGAAAUCACAAAGCCCAUUAAGCUUGUAUUAAAUUGAUAAGAGCAGCAUGACAAAAAAAAAACCGCACUGUUACCUUAUGUGAACAAAAACAGAAUAUUAAUAUGUAAAUAUGGCAGAAGAGAGAUAUAUAGGUAACCAUUUCGAGAAGCACCUUUGACUAUUCCAUCGUCAAUUUAUAGCACAGCAUUUUACUUUCGUUUUGCAUUACCACUAAGGAAAUUGUAAAUAAAUCGAAAUUGACUCUAAAUCAACAUUUCAUUAAAAGGCCAACCAUGUAAUUUAAUGAAAAGAAAACGAUGUGGAAUAAAUGUGUACGCCUUUUUGUAAUUAGUUUUUUUAUAAACAAAUUGUUUAAUAAGCAUUACCAUAAAAAUAAAGAAUAAACGAAAUAUUGCAGCGUAUUAGCUGCCAACACUAUAGUUUAAAUACAAGCAUUGGAAAAACCAAACGAGAUAACAAAUCCCGAAAAUGUUAAAUGCGUAAAUAAAUAUUUACUGUUAAGUAAAAGUUAUUACAAAUAUACCAUUAAAGUCAAUGUAACCAAUGUUAAACACACAAAGACACAAAAAGACGUGUUACCACUCUAACGCAGCUCCACAUCCAUAAAUAUGCGCCAAUCCCAUAACAUUAUAUUGCAAAGAUAUGAACAACUGCAAAAUGUUGUAAGAAUUUAAAGCAAUUGUGGAAUAAAUAUUAAAUACUGA